GGUCGCUACAUCAGCUUUCAGAGCUCGGGCUCACCUACGUAUUUAGUCCGUCAGUAAGUCAGUUUCAUCAGUUUCGUAGCAGCAGUCGCACGUUCGUGAACGUAAUACGUACGAGCUUGCCCGGCCUUGUGCAGCAGAUCCGAUCAAACAAUCCAAGACCGACUGGCUGCGACGGACGUAAUAGGAUGAGGGACAUCCGGUCGCAGUUUGAGAAAAAUGGGUUCGUCGUCCUGGAAGAUUUCUUUCAACCAGAAGAGAUCGACGAAAUGAAAUGUGCUGGUGAAGAUUUCACGAAAAAUUUGCCUCCGGAAAGCGAGAGAAAAGUCUUCAGCACGAUAGAAUUGCAACAGAACAAAGAUAAAUAUUUUCUGGACAGCGCCAACAAGAUCAGCGUCUUCUUUGAAUCCGAAGCUUUGGAGGAAGAUGGAAAAUUAAAAGUUCAUCCUCGAGUGUCUCUAAACAAGGUAGGACAUGCUCUCCACUGGCUUCAUCCUACGUUCAGAAAGUACACAUUCGACGAGAGAGUUAAGGAAACAGCCUUCCAAUUGGAUUACGUGGAACCGGCUAUCUGUCAGUCGAUGUAUAUUUACAAAAAUCCAGGAACAGGGUCAGAAGUGAAAACGCACCAAGAUGCAACGUAUUUGUACACCGAUCCAAUGAAAGUAGUCGGAUUCUGGAUAGCCUUGGAGGAUGCUACGCUAGAAAAUGGAUGUCUAUGGAUCGCGCCAGGUUCUCAUCAAAGCGGUGUGCAUAGACGUUACAUAAGGAAUAAAGAUCUAGAUUCCAAAGAAUUGUUGAUCUACGACAAAGCCGCACCUUGUUAUCAACUUAGCAAUUUUCGACCUGUUCCGGUCAGCAAAGGGACCUGUAUUCUUAUUCACGGACAAGUAGUGCACUUUUCGCACCCGAACAAGAGCGACAAAUCGAGGCACGCUUACACAUUUCAUGUGAUCGAUACGCAGAAUGUUUCUUACUCAAAGGAAAACUGGCUACAACCACCAGCAGGAGGAUUUCCCAAAUUGUAUAGAAAUUAAAUUAAUACAAAUCGAAAGUUCAAACUCGGGGGCAUUAUUAAAUUGUUCUAUUAAUCAUCGCCAGGGAACAUAAUUUAAUAUAGACCGCUAUACACUUCU